AUGAUACGUGAACUGACUCCAGAAUUGGCUGAAAUUGCCAAAAAGGAAUUGAACGAGAACCCAAAGCAAAUAGCCAAUGAUUUACAACAUUUGAAGGACUGGAUUGCCAAACAACCACACCUGAAAGCAAGAACAGAGGACCAAUGGCUCAUAGCGUUUUUAAGAGGAUGCAAGUUCAGUCUAGAAAGAGUUAAGAAGAAGCUAGAUUUGUACUACACUCUCAGAACUACAGCACCUGAAAUUACACUUAGAAUCAAACCCACAGAUCCUAAGUUUUUGGAAUUCUUUAGACUUGGAACGUGUUUAAUCUUACCAAAUCCGAAAGGCAAGCUGUGUCCUCGAGUGCUGCUCAUCCGAGCUGGCAGAUACGACCCAUCGGAACAUAAUGUAGGCGAAAUCAUGUGCAUGCUGUAUUAUUUAGUUCAGAUUAUGGUGUUGGAAGACGAUAUUGCCUGUGUAUUAGGCAUUAAGAUCGUCACAGACUACGUGGGAGUCUCAAUGUCUCACUUUGUUCAAGGAACUCCAUCGAUGCUGAAGAAAAUGGUUGCUGUUAGCCAAGAUUCCAUGCCCCUUCGACUGAAAGGCAGCCAUCACAUAAACCUACCUUCUGGUGUUGAGAAGGUCAUCACAAUUAUUCAAGGAUUUUUAAAUGAAAAAGCUAGACAAAGGUUGAAAAUUCAUAAAAAUCAAGAGGAACUGAUGGAAGACAUUCCUAAAGAAGUAGUACCCCCAGAAUACGGUGGAUCUGGACCUUCUAUUCCAGAACUGACAGAAUAUUGGGUGGGCAAGUUCAAAGAAUACCAUGACUGGAUGAAAGUGGAGGAGCGAUUGGGAACAGAUGAGUCGAAACGUCUUGGUCCACCAGUCGCCAAUGACUUCAUGGAAGACGGAUCCUUUAGAAAACUUGAUAUAGACUGA